AUGGCAUCAUCAUCUACUGCUCCAGCCCCAGCUAAAGCUGAUUCUGCUGCUGCUCCGUUGUCUAGCUCAUCUUCAUCGUCACAACUGGUGCUUCCUUUCAUGACGUCAUCCACUACUACAUCACCUGUAAUAGCUGGCCACCGAGGAUUCAAAAGUCAGUACACAGAAAACACAUUACUUGGGUUUGGAAAAUGUUUUGAGUCUGGUGCCACCGUUAUUGAAACUGAUUUAUGGCUAAGUUCAGACAAUGUCAUAGUCAUAUCUCAUGACAUAUCAACCAAACGUGUAUUUGUUGAUCAGGAUGGCAAUGAAACAGACUAUAAAAUCACCAAGACCCCUUUUGAUCCCAUUCUUAAAAAUUUAAAAACCAAAGAAGGCGGAUAUCCCUUAUUAUCAUUUGUUGAUGUAUUACAAUGGUUUAAAAAAUAUGUUGAUGCCACUGGAUCAAAUGAACACAAGUUACAAUUGGAUAUUAAGAAAUUUAAUCCUGCUAAAAUUACCAAAUACCUCAUUAAUGAUUUACUCAAAGUGCAUAAUGAUAUUUCAUGGUGGUAUCAUAGAAUACAAUUUGGGUUAUGGGAUUUGUCAUUCUUGAAAUUCCUCAACCAAAAUGAGUCUUUUCAGGAUAAAUUUGGUAUUGUUAAUGAAUUUGGCUGUAGUCAAUUUGACAUUUUCCACAUUAGUGUCAAUUGGCGAGAUUCAAUAAAUUAUAUCAACUAUAAUUAUUAUUUGGAUGAAACGACACCGCAAGACAGAAUCAAGAUUAAGUUGACGGGUGUAUCUUUGCUAUAUAUCGCCACUUGGUCAACGGAAUUUCUUACUAAAUUUGUUCCCCUAUUACAAAUUCAAAACUUGAAACUUUAUUCAUGGACCAUAAAUAAUAAAUUCCAAUUUGAGUAUCUUGUCAAAGUGGGCAGAUUGGCAAAAUUGGUAGAAUAUGGAGUCAUAUCUGAUCACCCUGAUGUGAUGGUCAAAUAUAAAAAACAUGAAGAUUCCGAUAGUGACACUGAUGUUGAGGUUGUUAAUUCAAAUGAAGCUGAAACAAAGCAACAACAACAACAGAAACCACUUGUUACCUAUGAGAGUAAAAACUUUUAUUACAAUGAAGAUGGUGAGUUGAAUAUUGGUCUAACGUGGAAUCAAAAAUUGUUAAGUUGGGGAUUUGAAAAGUUGAUGUCAUUGAACGGAUCACAAAGGAAAAUCACUUCUAAUGCUCAAAGAUUCGGGGCUCAAAUUGAUGAAAAUCAUGUUGAUGAAGUUAAGCCAAAUGGUAUCAUUGUUUACAUUUUCCAAAAGUGUCAAAAAUAUGGAAUCUUUUAG